GUCCCCGUGCCCCCGAAACUAAAUUAUCCCACAAUUGAUAAUUGAGCGGAAUUGAAUUGAAUCACAGCCGCACAGUCACAGAGUCACCCGAAUCUCGGCGCCCGGUGCCGCACAUGGACUCAGUGAGCCGCCGACGCACCUAAGAGUCGGGCACAUAUCGCAUCCAGCCUCCGUUUCCGACAGUAGUUAGUCGCCAACAUGCAGAACAUCGAACAAAUUCUUGCCGAGCUGCAGCGCUUCGCGUGGCCGGACUAUGUGGCCUUCGUGGCCAUGUUCCUGCUCUGCAUCGGCAUUGGGAUAUAUUUCGGUUUUAUGAACAAGUCUGUCUCCGAGGAUGAUUACAUGCUGGGCGGCCGGAAAAUGCUGGUUAUACCCAUCGCCUUCUCGCUGGUGGCUAGCUUUAUAUCGGGAAUCACGCUGCUCGGGCUGCCCACGGAAGUUUACUCUUAUGGCGUUCAGUAUCUGUAUGUAGCCUGCGGCGUCAUCGGAAUGGGCGUGGUCAUGGGAGUCUUCUAUCUGCCCGUCUUCCACGACCUAAACAUCACAUCUACCUACGAGUACCUGGAAGUUCGUUUCGAUCGCAGGCUCCGCCUCUACGGUUCCAUUAUGUUUGCGGUCAUGAAUGUUGCCUACUUGCCCAUCGUGAUCUAUGUGCCUGCCCUGGCCUUCAACCAGGUUACUGGAAUCGGGGUACACACCAUUACACCGAUUGUGUGCAUCAUUUGCGUCUUCUACACGAGCUUGGGCGGCCUAAAGGCUGUGGUGUGGACAGACGUAGUCCAGGCGGUGUCCAUGCUGGGCGCCCUCUGCCUCGUCGCUAUCAAGGGUACUCGAGAUAUCGGUGGACCAGGAGUGGUGCUGGAACGAGCGUGGAACACGGACCGCCUGGAGGCGCCAGACCUUAGUAUCGAUCCCACCGUGCGUCACACGUUCUGGUGUCUGUUUCUGGGCGGGAUCGUCUACUGGACGCAAACGAACGCCGUCUCCCAGAACAUGAUCCAGCGUUACCUGUCGCUUCCUACCCUAGGGGACGCCCGGAAGGCGCUUUGCAUAUUCUGCGCCGGCGUGCUUAUCCUGAUGGCGCUCUGUGGAUACAACGGACUUCUUAUUUAUGCCACCUACCAGAACUGUGAUCCCCUCACCACCAAACUGGCCAAGGCUCGAGACCAGCUCCUGCCGCUCUUUGUGAUGGAGACCUUGGGUGAACUGCCCGGCAUGACUGGUCUAUUUAUAGCCGGGGUGUUCAGUGCCGCACUGAGCUCCCUGUCCACCUGCCUCAACUCCAUGUCGGCCGUGGUCCUUGAGGAUUUCGUCAAGCCGUACGUGAAGAAGCCGCUGACCACCACAGCAAUUAACUGGAUCAUGCGCCUGGUGGUCGUCGGAGUGGGUGCCCUGUGCGUGUGCCUGGUCUACGUGGUCGAACACAUGGGCACUGUUCUCCAGCUAACCAUGAGCCUGGAGGCUAUCACCAAUGGUCCCCUAUUUGGCAUCUUCACCAUCGGUCUAUUUAUGCCCUGGAUCAAUGGAAAUAGCGCCUUGCUAGGUGGAAUAAUGGGUGUGAUAGGCAUGUCCUGGGUGAGCCUUAAUGCCCAGUGGGCCAUAGCCUCUGGCGCCAUCAAUUACAACACGAAGGCACUCAACGUGGAGCAGUGUGACUAUAGCUUUAAUGUGACCACCAGUCUGGUGAAAAGCUCAAGUCAUUUGGUUGCAUCCGCAGAGGAUAUCUUUCCCCUGUACCGCAUCUCGUACAUGUGGUACACCACCUUCGGAGCAUCGAUCACCAUUGUCGUAGCACUCCUUGGUACCCUGAUUUUUGGAAAAAAUAAUCCCAACAAAGUGGAUCCCGUUCUGCUCACACCCUGCAUACGAAAGUUCUUUAGCUUUGGCUCCGAGGAACGCAUGGAUGCCUAUAAGCCCGACAUUCCGCUACAGCACAAACUCCGACCAGACGAGGUGGCUCUGUGAUUCCACAAAGUGAGCUACGCUUAGACCUCAAGCUGAGGAGGCUUUCUAUAUGUUUAGCCAAAUGAUUUCGAUCCAUAUAAGGAUAAUAAAUAUAUUAUAUGUUUUACAA